GAGAUCCUUCUUGUUAACUAUUUAAAAAACAGGCUUUGAUCCAGGCCUUUUUGUCUGAAUCUCUUCGCCAUUUGAGCUCAAAUCCUCAUACAUUCUCCAGGCGUGAUUCUCGUUUGAGAACCUGCAAACCUUAGGGGGUUAAAAAAUUAGGGUUUCAGUUUUUUGCCUCCUUAAUUGAGACGUUUGUUGAUGGUCAUCUAAGCUUGGAGCAUUCAAUGAUUCAGAGCUCAAGGAGGUAACGCCUGUGGUUGUGCUAUAAUUUUUCUUUUUCGAAAGCCUCAGUUCAUUGAUCUGUAAGAUGGUUGCAUUUGGGAAGAAAUUAAAGGAACGACAAUAUCCAGAAUGGCAGAGGUACUACAUCAAUUACAAAUUAAUGAAGAAGAAGGUCAAACAGUUUACUCAACAGAUUCAAGCAGGGGCAGAAAACCGUCGCCAUGUACUCAAAGAGUUCUCAAGAAUGCUGGAUUACCAGAUUGAGAAGAUUGUUCUGUUCUUGUUGGAGCAACAAGGGCUUAUUGCAAGCAGGAUUGAAAAAUUAGGAGAAUGGCGCGAGAAAUUGUUGCAAGAACCAGAUAUUGCUCAGGUGUGUGAAUUGCGUGAAGCAUACAGAGAAGUAGGCAAAGAUCUUCUCAAGCUUCUAUACUUUGUAGAAAUCAAUGCAAUUGGUUUGAGGAAAAUAUUGAAGAAAUUCGAUAAACGCUUCGGUUAUAGAUUCACUGAUUACUACGUGACAACUCGUUCAGAUCAUCCAUAUUCACAGCUACAACAAGUGUUCAAGCAUGUGGGUAUUGGAGCUGUUGUGGGUGCAUUGUCACGUAAUCUUGCAGAUCUUCAGGAUCGCCAAGGGAGCUACUUAUCUAUUUAUGAUCAGCCUGCUGCGACGAUUAAGGAUCCUGUUAUUGAUUCAAUAAAAGCUGCUGUAGAUAGGUUGACACACUCAACAAACUUUCUUCAUUUCUUAGGACACCAUGCACUUAUUGUUCAAGAAGAGUUGCCUGCAACACCAUCUGAGGAUCAGGCAGCUGAAGAAAGUUACCAUUUUAUGUCUCUUGUUCUUAACUUGGUGAACACUUUCCUUUAUAUGGUUAAUACAUAUAUCAUUGUCCCAACAGCUGACAACUACUCAAUCAGCCUCGGAGCUGCCGCAACUGUUUGUGGUAUUGUAAUUGGGUCGAUGGCUGUUGCUCAGGUGUUCUCUUCAGUUUAUUUUAGCGCAUGGUCAAAUAAGUCAUACUUCAGGCCGCUGAUAUUUAGCAGCAUCGUUCUUCUCAUCGGCAAUACAUUGUACGCAUUGGCAUAUGAUCUUGAUUCAUUAACGGUUCUUCUGAUUGGACGUUUGUUUUGUGGUUUGGGCUCUGCAAGAGCCGUUAAUCGCCGUUAUAUUAGUGAUUGUGUGCCAGCAAAAACUCGAAUGCAAGCUUCUGCAGCAUUUGUGAGUGCCAGUGCUCUCGGGAUGGCAGUCGGUCCUGCCCUUGCAGGAGUUCUUCAAACUAACUUCAAAAUUUACAAACUCACUAUCAAUGAGGACACUUUGCCAGGAUGGGUGAUGGCAUUUUUAUGGUUUGUCUAUUUGAUAUGGGUAUGGGUGUCAUUCAAGGAGCCCAUUCGUGACACAGAUCAGGAACACACAGAGCAGGAAGCAAAUACUGAUAAUGGUAUGCCAUUUUCCUGUUGAGAUCUGUUACGAAUGACUAGGCUAGAAGAUGGUCUUUCUCAACCUCUUCUUUUAAGCUCAUCCAUCGAACAAAAAUUGCAAGAUGAAGAUGGAGACCAAGAUGUAGACGGUAGUGAGGAAGCUUCAGAAGAAUCACACAAGCCAGUAACCUCAAUUAUGUCAGCAUAUAGACUGCUUACACAAUCAGUGAAGGUUCAACUAUUGAUUUAUUUCAUGCUCAAAUAUGCGAUGGAGAUAUUGCUCUCUGAAUCAAGUGUCAUAACGGCGUACUACUUUCGUUGGUCGACUGGUGCAGUGUCAAUUUUUCUUGCAUGUCUCGGCUGUACAGUUUUGCCAGUAAACGCUGUAGUUGGAAACUAUAUUAGCAACAUGUUUGAGGACAGGCAAAUUCUGCUUGCAUCAGAAUUUCUUGUAUUGGUGGGUAUAGUUUUCAGCUUCCAUGUCAUAAACCCCUACACUGUUGUACAAUAUGUCUCUUCAGCACUUCUCACAUUUGUAGCUUGCGAAGUCCUCGAAGGUAAGACACCUCCAUCCAUCUCUCUCUCUCUCUCUCUAACACACACACACACCCACCCACCCACCCACUACUACCUACGAACGUAA